AUGGAGCCUUGUCGUCGUUGCCAGAAGUCGCAGCGAUCAUGGAUACGGUGGUGUUUGGAGGUUGUGGAAAGUUUCUCAAUCAUCUUAACUGUGAUGUUUAUGCUUUUGGUGGUAAAGGCUCUGUUUUGGAACAGAGGUUGUGAAGUGAAGUCAUCAUAUAGACGGAUUUUGACUGAUAAGUCAACGAAUAGUUUGGGAGCAAUCUGCAACGUGACGUUGUACUCAGAUCAGUGUUACUCGACGCUCUUGUCGGUAAAUUCUACUGAGCCUAGAGUUCUCUUUAGGGCUUCUUUGGUCACAGCUGUCGAAGACCAUGUGAAGAUUCUCGGGGUUUUUAGUAACCUGGUUUCAUCUGAUGAAUCUGUUUUGUCUAGUUUGCAAGUGUGUGAUGAGAUGAUCGUUGAUUCGUUGGAGUAUUUGAACGAAACAAUCGAACGUUUUGAUGAGUUUGGGAAGAUUAUGACCAAUGCGGAAAUCGAUGAGAUAAGAGGGAAGUUGAGUUACGUGAUCACUGAUCACGACACUUGUUUGGAACGUUUUGAUGAGAUUAUGGAGUUUGAUUUCUCGAGUUACAAGAGAAAUAUUGGGAAAAUUAAGAGACUUAGAGAUUCUAUGAAAAAAGGGAGAGAGCUUGUGAGCAAUAGCUUAGCCAUUGUGACUAAAAUCUUAGGUCGAUUAACCAAACAAGAUGAUAACAAGAGUUUACUUGGCUUUUUAGAAACAGAAUCGGGUUUUCCAGAUUGGUUUGGUAAUGAGGACCGUAAUGCACUUUUGACAUGCGACUUGACUCCUAAUGUAACGGUAGCCAAAGAUGGGACUGGACAGUACCGAACAAUCAGCGAGGCUGUGGCUUCUGUCCCUGAAAAGAGCAGUUCAAGAUUCGUUAUACACGUAAAGGAAGGCCUUUAUGUUGAAAAUGUUGAGGUGACGAAAUACAAAUACAAUGUUGUAAUGUAUGGCGAUGGGAAAACGAAGACGGUCGUUUCCAGUAGCCUUAACAGGAUUGACAAACCUAACAUCGAUACCUUUCAAACCGCCACUUUCUCGGUUAGUGGAAAAGGGUUCAUUGGUAGGGAUAUGAAGUUUGUUAACACAGCUGGACCAGAAAAGAAGCAGGCUGUAGCGUUUCAUUCAAAAUCAUGCCAGUCCGUGAUGUACAGAUGCGCAUUCGAAGGAUACCAAGACACGCUUUACUCGCACGCUGGAGAACAAUUGUACCAGGAAUGCGACAUUGUUGGUACCGUCGAUUUCAUUUGUGGCCAGGCUGCUGCCGUGUUUCAGAACUGCACCAUUCGGCCUCGAAAAUCUAUACCAACUCAACUCAGUACCGUGACGGCUCAAUCUGCUAACGAUCCAAACGUAAAAUCCGGUUUUUCGAUAAUCAACAGUAAGAUUUACCCCUUUGAAGGAGAAAAUCUAACAGCGACCACGUAUUUGGGACGACCGUGGAAGAGUUAUGCUACAGUGGUGGUGAUGAAAAGCCUAAUCGGGAUAUUGAUUAACCCUCAGGGUUGGGUUCCGUGGGACACAAUGGUGAAUCCUCCAACGACACUUAACUAUGGAGAGUACAUGAAUUAUGGACCAGGUUCUGGUGUGGGUAACCGGGUUAGAUGGAUUGGAUAUAAUCCGAAUAUGACAGAACUAGAGGCGCGCCAGUUUACGGUUGAUGAUUUGAUUAACAAACAUGGAUGGUUAAAGGAAACAUGUGUACCCUAUAAUGGUUCUCUCUAGCAGAGUUUCUCUUGACUAUAAAUUGUAGUCCCCGGUUUAAGGGUUGUAUAAACGAUUAAGACAAAAAUUUGUAGACUCAAAGCUCAAUGAAACUCAAACUCGAUAUAAUUCAUAA